AGAGCACAAAGUAGGCUUUCAGAAGGAAGAGUGUAACCACAGUCAUCAUACUUUUUAUCUUCCACAGGGACCUUUAGUUUUUUUUCUUUGUUUGUAUUUUUAAUCCGUCUAAGGCAAAUAUAGUGUGACUGUACUGAGCUUCUGGUCUCCGGCAUAUCACGUUUCUGUUUCUCAUGCGUGAUUGGAAAGAUAUACGUUCUCGUAGCUCGGACAGCUUGGUCUCUCUGCAAGGUAGCCAUUAACAUACUGGGAGGUGAGUGAGCCAGCUGUCUUUACUAGUCAAGUCCAACUACAAAGCCGGCCUUCUCCGCUGGGGGAUCUUUAGUUCGGGUUAUUCUGAGAGGGGAUCGAGGGUGACUGGCAGGAGGCGAAGAGUCUGCUGGAGGAGCAGCUCAGCAGCUGUAGUCAGAAACAUCGGUUCUUCAUCAAAGGCAAAAGAAGGGGAAGCGUGCCGAAACCUCUCCAAAUUUUUGACCUCAACAAAAACCAACCAAUGCCAGCAAGUAAAGAUGAACGAGUUGUGAUCCCUGUGGAGAAGACUUUCAUCACUAUGAAGAAGGCCAGAAGACGCGAGUGCAUUGACAGUGGAGACAGAAGCUUCACGUGUGAUCAGUGUGGAAAGGCUUUUACUCGUAAUAGCAGCUUAAAACAACAUCAGCUCAUCCACACUGGAGUUAAACCAUUCAGCUGUGAUCAAUGUGGAAGGCGUUUCAAUCACAAUGGCAGCUUAAAACAACAUCAGCUCAUCCACACUGGAGUUAAACCAUUCAGCUGUGAUCAAUGUGGAAGGCGUUUCAAUCAAAAUGGCAGCUUAAAACAACAUCAGCUCAUCCACACUGGAGUUAAACCAUUCAGCUGUGAUCAAUGUGAAAAGUGUUUCAAUUAUGUUAGCAGCUUAAAAAAGCAUCGCCUUGUCCACACUGGAUUAAAAGCAUUUAGCUGUGAUCAGUGUGGAAAGUGUUUCAAUCACAAUGGCAGCUUAAGAAGACAUCAGCUCAUCCACACUGGCAUUAAACCAUUCAGCUGCGAUCAGUGUGGACAGGCUUUCACACAUAAUAGCAAGUUAAAAAAACACCAGCUUCUCCACACUGGAUUAAAACCAUUCAGCUGUGAUCAGUGUGGAAAGACUUUCACUGAGAAUGGCAACUUAAAAAGACAUCAGCUCGCUCACACUGGAUUAAAACCAUUCAGCUGUGAUCAGUGUGGAAAGACUUUCACUCAGAGUGGCAGCUUAAAAAAACAUCAGCUCAUCCACACUGGAUUAAAAGCAAUUAGCUACAAUCAGUGUGGAAAGUCUUUUUCUACGAGUAAUGGCUUAAAAGAAUAUCACCUCGUCCAUGCUGCAGAUAAACCAUUCGUCUGUGCUCAGUGUGGAAAGUGUUUCACUGAGAAUGGCAACUUAAAACAACAUCAGCUCGUCCACACUGGCAUUAAACCAUUCAGUUGCGAUCAGUGUGGAAGGACUUUCACUAAGAAUAGCAGCUUAAAAAAACAUCAACUCAUCCACACUGGAUUAAAACCAUUUAGCUGCGAUCAGUGUGGAAAGUCUUUUACUGAAAAGGGCAACUUAAAACAGCAUCAGCUCAUCCACACUGGAUUAAAACCAUUUAGCUGCGAUCAGUGUGGAAAGUCUUUUUCUCAGAGUAACGGCUUAAAAGAACAUCAGCUCACCCAUACUACAGAUAAACCAUUCACCUGUGAUCUGUGUGGAAAGUCUUUCACUUAUAGCAAAAGCUUAAAAGAUCAUCUUCUCAUCCACACUGGAAUUAAAUCAUUUAUCUGUGGUCAGUGUGGAAAAGCUUUUACUCAGAGUACAACUUUAAAAAAACACCAGCUCAUCCACACUGGAAUUAAACCAUUCAGCUGUGAUCAGUGUGGAAAAUCUUUUACUUGGCGUAGAAACUUAAAAGAACAUCAUCUCCUCCACAUUGGGGUUAAACCAUUCACCUGUGAUCAGUGUGGACUGUCUUUCUAUCGCAUGAGUUCCUUGAAAGAACAUCAGGCCAUCCACACUGGCAUUAAACCAUUUGUCUGUUGUCAGUGUGGAAAGGGUUUUGGUCGCAUGGAUGCUUUAAAAAAUCAUCAACUUAUCCACACUGGAGUUAAUUAAUUUUUUAUUGGUCACUGCUGAAAGGCGGACACUUCUAUGUAAACAUUUUAAAAAUCAGAUUGUUCACACUGCAAUUAUAGCGUGUAUUUAAUUGUGGUAAUUGUGAAAUUUGUGGAAACUCUUUCAAAUUCAUGACAAAUGUUAUUGAGGCAUCAGCAAAUCCACAACAUAUGUCCUGCUAUGACAAAACUGGCAGACCAAUGUGACAUUACUCUGACAAAGUUCUUUUGGACAUAUUAAAUUUGAAGAGGCUCUACCGAUUGCAGACUCCUAUACCUGUCAUUGUACUGGGUCUUGACCCAGUGUUUUGUGCUUUUGGACAUUAGCAUUCCAUUUUAUUGAAUAUUGUAAUAUUUACUGUUUAUUUCUAUUUAUGUUCUUUUAAUUGUUUUUCUGCUUGAUGUAAUAUUUGUAAUUUCUAGUCUUUAGGUUCUGUUAUCACACCUCCCCUCUUGUUCACAUUCUGUAUUUUGUCAGCAGUGGCAAUCCUAGCCUGCUUGGUGCCCUGGGCAAACACCCACUCUGCCCCCACACUCAUAGAUAAAAUAUAUGUAUGUUUUAUGUCUAUAUAUGUAUAUUAAGGAUUGUACAUGCAUAUAAAACAUAUUUUACUGUAAAAACUGUUGUUGGAACCAUACUGAAUUUAGCCAGAUAAACAUACACAAACACACACAUACACACACAUAUAUGUAUGUGUAUGUAUGUAUGUAUGUGUGUGUAUAACACCCAGCACGCCCCUACGGGCGGUUUAUCCUUCAAGCUCGGGUCCUCUACCAGAGGCCUGGGAGCUUGAGGGUCGUGCGCAGUAUCUUAGCUGUUCCCAGGACUGCGCUCUUCUGGACAGAGAUCUCCGAUGUUGUUCCCGGGAUCUGCUGGAGCCACUCGCCUAGCUUGGGAGUCACCGCACCUAGUGCUCUGAUUACCACGGGGACCACCGUUACCUUCACCCUCCACAUCCUCUCGAGCUCUUCUCUGAGCCCUUGGUAUUUCUCCAGCUUCUCGUGUUCCUUCUUCCUGAUAUUGCUGUCAUUCAGAACCGCUACAUCGAUCACUACGGCCGUCUUCUCCUGUUUGUCUACCACAACUAUGUCCGGUUGGUUAGCCACCACCAUUUUGUCCGUCUGUAUCUGGAAGUCCCACAGGAUCUUAGCCCGGUCAUUCUCCAUCACCCUUGGGGGGCAUCUCCCAUUUUGACCUCGGGACCUCCAGGUUAUACAGAUGUUCCUGUACACUAUGCCGGCCACUUGGUUAUGGCGUUCCAUGUAUGCCUUGCCUGCUAGCAUCUUGCACCCUGCUGUCAUGUGCUGGAUUGUCUCAGGGGCAUCUUUACACAGCCU